UUUCCAAUUUUUUUGCUUCUCUCUGUCCCCUUCAGUAUUUGGGAAUAAUUUUCCAAUUCCUCCUCUGACUUUCAUCUUCAUCACAUUGUACAUAUAAAUCAUCUUAUCAUUUCUACAUUCGUUUUUGUUGUUUUUGCCCUAUAGUUUAUAUAUGUUUAACGUAAAGGCUGGCUAUGUUUAACACGCCCUUUGUUCUAUCUUUUGCACUUUUAUUAUCAUUUCCUCUUCUUUUCCUUUUCGCCCCACGAAUAUUUCCACCAAAACACGUAGAAAUCUCUAUUCCUGAUGAACUUGAUGAUUUAGCUUUAUUCAGGCGCGCUACCCUUGCUUCCAUUGAUAGGGGCGGUGGUGCCAUCUCUCGUCUUGGCACCACCAACCCCCGUCUCAAGAUCGCUUUUCUCUUCCUCACCAACACUGAUCUUCAUUUCGCUCCUCUUUGGGAUCGAUUCUUCGCCAGCCACGAUGGCCUUUACAAUAUUUACAUCCAUGCAGAUCCUUCAUCCAAAGUUUCGCCACCUGGCGGGCGGAUUUUCAAGGGCCGUUUCAUCGCAGCCAAGAGGACUCAACGUGCAUCACCUACCCUAAUAUCAGCUGCUCGUCGCCUUAUGGCGACGGCCCUCUUAGACGACCCAUUAAAUUCCUAUUUUGCCCUUGUAUCACAACAUUGCAUCCCUUUACAUUCAUUCAACUAUAUUUACAACUCCCUCUUCACAUCUCAAUUCCCCGAAUAUCGGAGCUUCAUCCAAAUAUUAUCCAACGAGUCGUACAUGUGGGACCGAUACGUUGCACGUGGCGAAAGUGCAAUGCUACCCGAAGUACCAUUCGAUAGGUUUCGGUUUGGGUCUCAAUUCUUUGUUCUGACGCGAAGGCAUGCAUUGGUAGUAAUUAGGGAUAGGAGGUUAUGGAGGAAGUUUAGAUUACCUUGUUUGAACGACGAUUCGUGUUAUCCUGAGGAGCAUUAUUUUCCUACACUUUUGUCAAUGGAGGAUCCUGAAGGUUGUACACAGUAUACAUUAACUCGUGUUAAUUGGACGGAGAGUGUUGACGGACACCCACGUACUUAUUUUCCGGCGGAUAUUUCGCCGGAGCUUAUUUAUAAGCUCCGGGAAUCGAAUUCUACGUAUUCCCACAUGUUUGCAAGAAAAUUCUCACCGGAUUGUCUGAAGCCGUUGAUGGAAAUUGCAGACAAGGUCAUUUUCCGGGAUUAAAUCGGGUGGUUUGAAAUGUUGUUUUAGGUUAUUGUAGGAACCAAAUGCCUGAAGGCUGAAGCAGGAAGAGGCUGAGGUUCAUGCCAAAGCCCUCUCAAAAUAAACAAAUGCUGCUGCUAUUUGGUGGUUUCUCUUGUACAUAAAUUAGAGAACUGCCUUGGCUUUCUAGUUGGUUGGAUAAAAACUUACUCGUAUCGGGUGUUUACAAACUGUGAAAUGAUAUGAUUGUCAAAAUGGUGCUAAUUAUGGGGUUAGACUGCAGUUAGAGAAGGAUUUGGUGCAAGGAUAAGCAAAAUGUAGCAAACAUGCUUAUCUCUUGUUCUUUCCUUUUACACAUACUUUUUAUGAGGUUUUCAAUUUGUUACUACUAUAUAUAUAUAUAUCCCUUAUAAUUUUAUAUAUUAUACAAACCUCUUCUUUUAUAUUUGUGUAAAAGAACUACUAUAUUGUUAUCUAGAUGUAGAAGAUUUUGCCACUGA